AUGAAAAGGUACUUGCUGUCUACCUCUCUGGGAUUCAGGAAUGGGGACCAUGCCCGUGCCCAGGGCACCCUUCUAUCAGGCUGGGUUGUGAGAGAAGUGGCGCUCUUGGUCCUCUUGGACAAAGUUGUGGUGGUCUUCACUCCACGAAGGGUGGGAGGAGUUGUUCCAGAUCAUGACUGUAGGAAUUCUGUCACGUCUUGGUCCCUCCCUUUGAGGUCAAACCCAUCUCACCUGGGAGCAGUGGUUUCCGCCAGACUUUCGAACCUGUUCGAUUUUCACCCUCCUUUCGCUUGUCUUUAG